AUGCUGGACAGUUUCUGUAAUGAUAAUGUCCUCGCCCUCAGCGACAUUCUGCACCCGAGGAAUCCGCAAAUGUUUCAGGACAUUUGGGUGCUGACCGAAAUGAUGGAAACGGAUUUGCACAAGAUAAUCAGCUCGAGGCAGGCUCUGUCCCUGGAACACACGAAGCUUUUUCUCUAUCAAACUUUGAGAGGUCUAAAAUACCUGCACUCGGCCCAACAUCCUUCACCGCGACAUCAAACC